CCUCUCUUUUCUUUCCUCCUCUAUCACUAGUGCCCGCCGACGACGCAGGCCUCUUUUUUGUUGUCUUUGUUGGAUUUCCCAUUUGCUACACCCACCAUGGACUUCAUCGCUACCGCUGCGUUCCCCAUCUCAGUUUCUUGGAUAACCCACAAUAUCGCUCUCGCCGCUCUUUCUCUUUCUCUGGUCUACGUCGUCUCUCGCGCUAUAUACAACCUCUUCCUUUCCCCGCUCAGCUCGAUACCCGGUCCUUGGUUUGCCGCCGUCUCUAACUUUUGGAUUACAACACACGUCUUGCGCCUCCAACAAUGCAAGACAAAUCACCGCCUUUUCGAGAAGUAUGGCCCUGUCGUUCGAAUCGGUCCAAACAAGGUCAUCUUCAAAGAUCUGACGUCCAUGAGAAGCAUAUACUCAGUCCACAAAUUUGACAAGAGCACCUUCUACAAGAGUCUUUUAACCAAUGAGAAUGAUCAUGCUAUGACAACAUUGGACCAUGCGGGGCAUGUUACUCGACGAAAGGGCUAUGCUCCUCACUAUAUCCCCGCCAAUCUCGUUCUUUUUCAGCCUGAGGCGCAUGAUUAUACCCUCGAGCUUGUUUCGGUUCUAGAACAUAUCGGGGGCAAACAUUCUUUGGAUUGUCUUGCAUUGUUCCGCCAUUAUAUGGUUGACGUUAUUAUUGCGUCUUCUCAUGGUUACCGACAGGGUGCUCUCAGUAAAUGGAUUGCGGGUGUGGAGGAUUCUAUGGCCACUGCGAUCGCAGAUUUCCCAAAGCGAGGCAUUAUCAGAAGCGCGGUGCCCCCUUGGGUGUGGGAUUUGAUCUGCCGUAUUCCCAACAACCGGUGGCGCCAGAUGUGCGAUUCUGAUAAGAUUAUGGGCGAGUUCGUUGGUGCUCGCGUGUACGAGAUGCGAGCAGAGUUAAAUGCAGGAAAACUUGGUGAAUCUGAGAAGAUUCCAAUGUUGCGACGCCUUCUCCAGCACGAGUAUUCCCCUGAACAGGCCAUGCCCGACCACGACAUCAUUUCAGAAAUGAUGGGACAUAUGAUCGCAGGGUCUGAUACUACAUCAAACUCGUUGUCCUACUUCUUUUGGGAGCUUAGCCGCAGGCAAGAUAUCAUGAUGAAGCUUCAGGCCGAACUGGACCAAGCGAUGCCUGAUCCGCAUGUUAUUCCUGAUAUCGCUCUCUUGCAGAAGCUUCCUUACCUGAACGCUUUCGUGAAAGAAGGUCUUCGGCUGUACAGCGCCGUACCAAGUCCUCUUGAACGUGUCGUUCCAUCUUCCACAUCCAAAAAUGGCGCCAUUAAUGAAGCUUUUGAUCUUAUGGGUUACGCACUUCCUCCUGGUACCAUCGUUGCCACCCAAGGCUGGUCUAUGCACCGCGAUGCAUCCACCUUCCCUUCUCCGAAGACCUUCCUUCCUGAGCGCUGGCUCGAAAGACCUGGGAACGCUGAACAUCUUUUCAAGAUGGCACAAUCCCUCAUGCCAUUCGGAACCGGCUCGCGCGUCUGCGGAGGCCAGAGUUUGGCGCAGAUGAUGUUGAGGAUCGCGGUGGCCACUGUAGCGAGGAACUUUGAUGUUGUGGCUCCUCCUGAGACCAACGAGCGAAGUAUGGAAAUCAAGGACUCCUUUGUAAUUGACUCUCUUUGUGAUCACUGUCCGAGGACUUGACUUAUGCGCCUUUUUUUGCAGGUUAUCUUUCCUGCUUCGAUGGAAUGCAAACUGAGAUUCGUCCCACGAGCUCAGUGAGCUCUCUGGCGAUUCAUCUAUCAUCACUACGACCCACCACGAGCGUACACGUCUCAUAAUUUCUCCC